AUACAAGAUAUUUGCUGAAAAGCUCCUUUUCUGAUUCCUUUCUCUAGGGUCUAUCCUGGACGAUCCCUCCUUCCUUCAUCCUCAAAACUUUUUGGGGAAGGUAUCUAGAGACUUUCUCAGAGGCGCUGGCUGGAAGCUCUAUUGCUGAUUCGUUGCUGACCGAUUCCCAUCGGCUCAUCCGCAAUCAUGGCCGGGGGUAUCCUCACUCAGGUAGCUCCUACUCCUCAGGCGCACCAGAAUGGCACCAAGCGGGCUCACCCGCCCUCUUCAGCAAAGGAUGUCUCCGCUUACAGCGAACUGCAGACAGAGAGGCUGGAGUAUAAGCCUGCCCUGCCUCCUGUCCUGUGCUCCCCAUUGUCUUUGAAGCAGGGAGGAGCAACUACGUCUGCUGAACAUCCAGACCAGAUCAAGGCGCUCUUCCCCAACCUGUAUGGCAAGCCCAACGUUCACAUUGUUGCUGACCCUCAGGGCAAGGCCGAGGCGCACACCGAAUCUGUCAAGAUUGGCGUUGUCCUCUCUGGGGGCCAGGCUCCGGGGGGGCACAAUGUGAUCUCAGGGCUGUAUGACUACUUGCAAGUCCACAAUCCUGGGAGCACUCUCUAUGGUUUCCGGGGUGGUCCCGCGGGUGUGAUGAACUGCAAAGUUGUUGAAUUGCACGCGGACUUUAUUUACCCAUACCGGAACCAGGGUGGGUUUGAUAUCAUUGGGAGCGGCAGGGACAAGAUCGAGAGUCCGGAGCAGUUUUUGCAAGCGGAGGAGACAGUCAAGAAGUUGGACCUUGAUGGGCUCGUGGUCAUUGGCGGGGACGACUCAAACACAAACGCCGCAGUCCUUGCCGAGUACUUCCUGUCCCGGAAUGUGAAGACCAAGGUCAUUGGCUGCCCAAAGACCAUCGAUGGUGACCUCAAGUGCAAGGAGGUGCCUAUCAGCUUUGGGUUUGACACAGCGUGCAAGAUCUACUCGGAGAUGAUUGGAAACAUCAUGCUCGACGCCAAGUCUGCCGCAAAGUACUACCACUUCGUCCGUCUCAUGGGCCGCGCCGCAUCUCACAUCACGCUCGAGUGUGCCUUCCAGACCCGCCCCAACAUUGCGCUGAUUGGCGAGGAGGUCGCUGAGAAGAACCAGUCGCUGUGUGACGUCGUGAACAGCAUGUGCGACGUGAUCUGCAAGCGCGCCGAGGCCGACAAGAACUACGGCGUUGUGUUGAUUCCCGAGGGGCUCAUCGACUUCAUCCCCGAGGUGCAUCACUUGAUUAGCGAGUUGAACGACAUCACCGCAGCGGAGGAGGGCCCCGUGCUGCCGGACGGCGCGUGGCGCGAGAAGCUGGGCGACAACAGCCGCGGCCUCUUCAACAGCUUCCCGCGCGCCAUCCAGGAGAUGCUCCUGCUCGAGCGGGAUCCUCACGGCAACGUGCAGGUGUCCAAGAUCGAGAUGGAGAAGCUGCUGAUCGACAUGGUGACCACCGAGUUGAAGUCGCGCAAGGCGGCCGGCCACUUCAAGGGCAAGUUCAAUGCGCAGCCGCAUUUCUUCGGGUAUGAGGGCCGGUGCGGACUGCCCACCAACUUCGACGCGACGUACUGCUACGCGCUCGGCUUCGUGGCGGGGGCGCUGCUGGACCAAGGCCAGACCGGCCUCAUCUCCUCGGUCGGGAACCUGGCAGCCCCCUCCAACGAGUGGACCGUUGGCGGGACCAAUCUGACUACCCUCAUGUGUGUAGAAAAGCGCAAGGGCAAGAACAAGCCCGUCAUCAAGAAGGCCAUGACCGAGCUCAACGGCGCGCCCUUCCUCCAGUUCGCCGAGCAGAGGGACCGGUGGGCCGUCGAGGACUGCUACAGAUGCCCGGGCCCAAUCCAGUUCCACGGACCCAGCGCCGAGAAGAGCAACUUCACCCUGGUGUUGGAGCAGGGUGGCCUGCAAUGAAUUGUGCGGAGCGCGCUAUAGACUGCCCUGAGGUCGACCGUUGUUGGUUGAGAAUAGUACAUGCUGGUAGAGCUGAGCACAUGACCGCCGCUUUGAGUAACCCUUGGGGGUCAUUGGGUGGUUGCGGGAUAAGAGGCACGUAUGCUUGUGUAGAGGUUGUUUCCGGAAGUUAUAGAGGUCCUGUUGUGUGUCAUUGUCAAGAUUUUAAAGCGUGUUGCUGACGUUAAGGUAUCGGGUACCCAGUUUUGCAUGUCGGCGGCGAUCCCGUAGGGACGUGAUGCCCAGCUAGAUUGAGGAUCAUGUCAAACGUUCUCUUCAAGAGUCUGCUUUGUAACUUGUUUUUGACCGCGACGUCAACGUCGAUGUCCUGGGUGGACUGCAGAUGACAGACGGCCGGAACUGCAGACAAUGGAUCUUUCGAAUCUUUCACAAAGAAGCAUGAAUUCGAUUGCAAAAUAUAUAUUGAAGGGGAGGACAUGACGCAAAACGAACAGCUAGG